AUGCGCUACACAUCUAUCAACGAGCCAUUAUCUGGCAUGCCCACCUCCAUGAUGACCGGCGAUCAUGAUACCUACCAGAAGUAAGUCACGCACUGCGGGAGAGACACAGAAGUGCAAUGCAGAGACAGCAUUGGAGAGUGCGUCGGCGCGCGAGCAAAGAAAGAGAAAAAAAAAUUCACCCGUUGCACGCAUGACGCCUCCGAUGCCACAAAACUCGGAGGACCUUUCCCCUUGUUGGACAUACAUCUCGAGCACGAGAUAGAUCCCCCGCGCAGAUUCUUCACAUGGAGAAGAAGAAUGAAAUACGAAGAAGAAUUCCGGCUAAUAUGAAAAUCUCAGUCCCCUGAAUUCGAGGUACUGCUCCCGGGAGAUGAAAUACAUCUUCUCGCCGCGCAACCGCUUCAGCACCUGGCGGCAACUCUGGAUCUACCUCGCCAAAUCGCAGAAGGAACUCGGUCUGCCCAUCUCGGAUCUGGCGAUUGAGCAGUUGGAGGCACAUAAGCGGAUUGAGGGCGAUGAGUUUGGCGCUGCGGCGAUCGAAGGUACGCAAGAGUCCUCGCCUCUGCGCUUCCUCUCGCUCUCCAAAUUUGGGUGGAUCUGUCUGGAAUUCUUUACUGAAUAUCUUCACAGAAAAACGUCGCCGUCACGAUGUCAUGGCGCACGUGCACGUCUACGGGACCGUCGCCCCCGAAGCAGCCGGCAUCAUCCACUGGGGCGCGACCUCCUGCUACGUGACCGACAACGCCGACCUCAUCUUCAUCCGCGACGCGCUCAAUCUCCUCCUGCCGAAACUCGCCACGGUCAUCCAGCGCCUCGCCGCCUUCGCCAUCGAGUACAAGAACCUGCCGUGUCUCGGGUACACGCACUACCAGCCCGCCCAGCUCGUGACGGUGGGCAAGCGUGCCAGCCUGUGGAUCACGGAUCUGCUGCGCUGCCUGCGGAACCUGGAGCGACAGCGUGAUGAGGUCCUCCGUUCGUUCCGGGGCGUCAAGGGCACCACGGGGACGCAGGCGAGUUUCCUGGCCAUCUUCAAGCACAACCAUGAGAUGGUCGAGAAGCUGGACGAGCUCGUCACGGAAAAGGUGCGACCGUUGAUCCACUUCACGACCCUUCCCACGCUGACACUCUCUCCAGGCGGGAUUCCAAGAAGCCGAAAUCUCCACCAGCCAGACCUACUCGCGCCUCAUCGACGUCGACGUCAUCCACGCGCUGAGUUCCCUGGGAUGCACGUUCGAGCGCAUCGGCGGCGACCUGCGCCACCUCGCCCACGACAAGGAGAUCGAGGAGCCCUUCGAGGCCGACCAGAUCGGCUCGAGCGCCAUGGCCUACAAGCGCAACCCGAUGCGCUCGGAACGGCUGUGCUCCCUGGGCCGGAAGCUGCACAAUUUCAGCGCCGACGCCGAGCAGACGUAUGCCUCGCAAUGGCUCGAGAGGAGUCUGGACGAUUCGGCCAUUCGACGCAUCACGCUGCCCGAAUCCUUCCUCAGCGCAGAUGCCUGUCUGAUCCUGGUGAGUUUGCCCCCCAGCCACGAUUGAGAGUGAAAUUUCAAGAAACACCACAACUGACAUGAUCUCUCUCUCUCUCUCUCUCUCUCUAGCUGAACAACAUCUCCAACGGCCUCGUCGUCAACAAAGCCAUCAUCCAGAAGCGCGUGGACGAAGAACUCCCCUUCAUGGCGACGGAGAACAUCAUCAUGGCCAUGGUGGAGCAGGGCAAGUCGCGGCAAGCCGUGCACGAGGAGAUCCGCGUGCUGUCGCACCAGGCCGGCGCCGUCGUCAAGCAGCAGGGCAAGCCCAAUGACCUCAUCGAGCGGAUCCGCAACAACCCUUACUUCGAGAGCAUCCUGCCCGAGCUGGAUGCCCUGCUCGACCCGAGCACUUUCAUCGGCCGCUGCCCGGAGAUUGUCGAGAAGCUCGUCGUCGCCAAGGUGAAGCCGGCGCUGCUGCCGUAUGCGGAUGAUCUGGCCAACGCCGAGGUGGCGGAGCUGAGCGUGUAA